UUUCUUGAUCUUGUCAUUUGGUCAACAUAAUUAUUGUACACUAACAGUUGCUACUGUAGACUGUAGUUGCUGGUGUUCAACUAUCUUCGGCGGUUGUGAGUUCGCUCGUACGUCUUCUUUGGAAAUGGCUCCAGCUAGAAUUAGAGGGCCUGCUGGCGGAAAGAAGAAAGGGGCUUCUCGCUCCAAGUCGUCGCGUGCUGGCCUGCAAUUUCCAGUCGGACGCAUAAAUCGCUAUCUUCGCCAGUUCAUACUGAAAAAGAGGAUAUCUGCUGUGGCACCGGUUUACCUGUCCGCCGUCUUGGAGUACCUUGUAGCUGAAGUGGUGGAAUUGGCUGGAAACGCUGCACGCCAGAACAAGAAAUCCCGUAUCAUCCCUCGCCAUAUUCUCCUGGCCGUGGCGAACGACGAAGAAUUGCAUCGCGUUCUGAAGGGAGUGACCAUCCCCAAUGGUGGGGUCCUGCCGCAAAUUCGACCUGAACUUCUGUCCAAAGUUAAGGGACAUAAGAAAUGGAUGGAUCCGUCCAGCCAGCCUGCACCAGUAGUCAAAGCACCCAAACCCAAACCGAAGCCGAAAGCAGCAGCUGCAGCUCCCAAGGGCAGGGCAGCAAAGGCUGCUGCUCAGGUGCAGGCCAAGGGACGAGGUAAGAGCAUGGCGAAGGCCGCGGCUUCCAAGGCUCCUGCUGCAUCUGGCCGUCGCAAGAGUGCCGCGGCUGCGUCAUCAACUGCACGCAAUACAUCCUCAAUUGUGGUCCUGUCCGAGAAGACUCUCUUCUUAGGUCAGAAACUGACUGUCAUCGAGGGAGAUCUGAGCAGCCUCAGCUGUGAUGCCGUGGUGCACCCCACUAACGCCAGCAUGUACCUUGGCGGCGAAGUGGGAACAGCACUGCUCAAAGCUGGCGGGGCAGAUUUCCAGCAGGAGGUGACUGCGUUGCUGGCGAACCAUGGCUCGCUGUCGGUCGGCGAUGCAGCUAUCUGCAGUGGUCACUCCUUGCCUGCUUCCCACGUCAUUCACGUGCACAGUCCACAAUGGGGCACAGCAACAAGCGAAGAUGACUUGGAGAAGUGCGUGAAGAACUGCUUGUCACUGGCCGACACCAGUCAGGUGAAGUCGUUGGCCCUUCCCAGCGUCGGCAGUGGCUCGAACCGAUUUCCAAAGGAGACGGCGGCGCGCCUUAUCAUCAAGGCUAUCAAGUCCUACUUUGUCUCGGUCAUGGCGUCCAACAUCAAACAGGUCUACUUUGUCUUGUAUGACCAGGAGACCAUCGACAUCUACAAUGCUGAGCUGAACCGCAUUGAUGACUAAACCUACACCAGCGUAGCGGGAGUAUGGCCACUGGGUGUAUUCGUAUCCGUGUCCACCCCAAAACACCAAACCGGAGGGAACACCGUUCAAGUACCGAAUCGAGAGGACCAGACGUGACUUAGGAUUUGUGUGUGCGCUCUCUGUGCCAUAUGUGUGUUGGAUGAAUUGUGUGUGGGAAGACAGUUCCUAUAUCAGCGUUUGACUGUUGCCCUCAUGUACUCACUGGUUUUGUGCAUUCUCUUUUGCUAUUUUUGUGAUAGCGUUUUAGUUUUAAUACUGGCUAGUUUUUAUCCAUUCUUUGAUUCUUUUGUUAUCGUCGAUUCUCAUGCGGUAGAGCGUGUUCGUUUUCCAUGGGGCUCUCUUGUCUUAGUCGAACGUCAUUUGAAGUGUUGUAUGUCGUCUAUCCGUGUAACUUCAUGCCCAUGUAUGGAGUUCUAGAAAGGCAACGUUAAAUUCAGUGCACAUUAUUUUGGUUCCAGUAUUUCUUACUGAUGCUACACGCACAAUGCAUUUUGGAUUUAGGGUCCCCACCUAUGUGCUGACCUAUGUGCUGUACUAGCCUGUAGUGCCAUUGUCCUUACUAUGAUUGUAUAGUUUUCUUCCCACGGUUCAGGAGAUGUAAGAGAGAUCUUAGUGCGAUGUGA